AUGGAUAUUGGCAUCAUGAUCGAAAAAGAUUUAAAUUCGGCUGAAAAUAAAUAUAGAUCCGAAUUAGAAAACAUAAUUAAAUCUAAACAAAUUGCUCAUGAUAAUGACCAAGAAUCGAUUAUAGUUCAAUCAAAAAAUGAAUUAGCACAAUUGAUCAAAGAUAAGAGGAGUGAAAUUGAAUUGAUUAAUGAAGAAAAGUAUUCCAGUAUGUAUUUUGAAUACAUGAUUGAUCUGUAUAAAACUAUAUUGUCGCAUGAAUCAAACAGUAACCAAGAUAAGACACAGGAUCCAUUGAUGGCUGAAAAGCAUAUGGAACUAGUCAACAUCAACAACGAAAUUGGUUUAAUUGAACAAACAAAUAUGAAACUACAAGAACGUAUAAGAGAACUUGAGUCUUUGACUCAACAACAUGAUAUAAGGAAAUUUGCUGGUGAAUUGGCACAACAAUUAAAUGAAUUAAAAUCAGAACAUGAGCGUGUACUUACAAUUCAUACGCAAUUGGAGAGUGAAAUAAAACAGUAUCAUACACAUUUAGAAGGUUCAAAUGGUUUGAAAGAAAUACUAUUACGCGUGGAUGGAACAUUAAAUAGUCACAAUAAGAAUUACGACUAUUUAAAAGACAGUUUAUUACGUUCUGGUUUUUCAGCUCAGGUGAUUGAAUCUGGUGAUCUAAAGACUAUUGUUCAACGUAUGGGAUAUGGGAGACCAGAUUAUAGUUUUGAUUCUGGAUAUGGAGGAGCUCAAAUAGAAAUUGGUUUAUAUCAAACAGGUGACGGUCUUGAUAAUACACUAUAA